CAGGCUUUCAGCGCGUCGCUGGAGCCCGAGCGUUCCCGGCUGAGCAGAACGGUUACUCCCUAGAGCUGCUCCGCUGCGCAGCUCCUGACACCGUCAGGAAGCUGUUCUGUGGGAGCCUGCAGGCUGGAUCCAUUUCCUGGCUAUUGUGCAUAGAGCAGCAGUAAACAUGGAUGUGCAGGUGUUCCUGUGGGAGGAUAUGGAGACCUUUGGGUAUGUGCUGGAAGCCACAUAGCUGAGUCCUAAGGUUCUAUUUUUGGUUGAGACAUCUUCACACUAAUUUCCAAGGUGUUUGUAUCAGUUUGUACUCCCACCAACACUGUUCAAGGCUCCCCUUCUCCAGACCCUUUCAGCAUUUGUUAAUUGUUUUUCUUGAUAAUGACUAUUCUGAUUGGGGUGAGAUAGAAUGUCAAAGUAGUUUUAAUUUCCAUUCAUCUGAUGCUGGCGAACACUUUUUAAAACAUUUGUUGGUCAUGUAUGUUUCUUCUUUUGAAAAUAUCCCAUUUCAUUAGCCCCUUUAUUGGUUGACAUUUUUAUCUUUGGGGGGUUUAAUUUUUUUCAGGUCUUUGUAAAGUCUAGCUUUAAUUUUUUUUAAUUAUUUUAUGUGUCCUGGUGAUUUGUCUGCAUGUAUGCCUGUGUAUCACAUGCGUGCCUGUCGCCCACAGAGGCCAGAAGAGGGAACUAGAUUCCCUGGAACUGAAGUUACAGGUUGUUGCGAACCACCAUGUGGGUGCUGGGAAUUGAAUAAAGAGUUCUCUGGAAAAGCAGCUACUGCUCCUUACCACUGAGCCAUCUCUCCAGGCUUUAAUUUUAGCUUUUAGCCUCCUGCCUGAAGUACAGCUAGCAAAGAUCUCUCUCUCUCUCUCUCUCUCUCUCUCUCUCUCUCUCUCUCUCACACACACACACACACACACACACACACUGUGUGAAAAAGCCUGUGUUCACUAGGCUGCUAAUUUCCUUUCUUUACUGUUCAGAGGCUUUUUAAACUCACAUACUGAAUCUGAGGGUGCCUGUGGUCCCGUCUUCCUGGCUUUUCCUACAAGAUUUUUGCAGCUGUCUUCUGAUGCUACAGUUUAAACUGUGCAUUCAGAAAGCAAGAUCGCGUUUGAGGAGGCAUAAGAAUUGUUUCUCCUGCAUGAGUACUCACGUUUCUAUAAGGUAUCACAAGCAAGCAGAUGUGCUACUUGAUAACUGUCUUGUUCUUCAGGAUCGUAUUUUUUCACAAGGUGUUGCUACAGAUUCUUUAGAAAGAAUGCAAGGAAAAGAUUCCUCUUAAGGCCAAGAGUUUGUGAAGAUUUUCUUUUGUUUUCCUAUGAUGACUACUAGCUUUCUUCCCUAAACCAAGGAAGAGAAUAUCCUGGAAACCCAAAGAGUGGGAUUGGACUCAGCAGUUGAGAGCACUUGUUGCUCUUUCAGAGGACCUGGCUUUGCUUUCCAGCACCGACAUGGUGGCUCACAAACAUCUGUAGCUCCAGUUCCGGUUCCCUCUUCUGGCCUCCAUGCGCACUAGUAACCAAACUGAAAAAGCAGUUCCACUACUUAAAAGGGGCCCUCACGCUCCCUUGAUGGUUGACCAGCCGUCCCAAUGGGAUUUUUGCUGAGUAAAGCUGCCACUCAGACAUCUGCUGUGCUUGUGGAUUCGAAAGUGAACGAUCACUUAGUGCAGGGAGCUGAGAAGAGUGGAUUGGAACCAGUGACUCGCUUAUUUCAGAACACCAACAAAAUCAAGUUAGAAGACGCAGGCCACGAAAACUGCAUGAGAGGGGAAGGGACUGACACCGGGUGGAAUUCCAUGGGCUACGUGAAGGAAAACGAUGGCCUGGUGGUGACAGAUUUAGAAUGAAGUCACCUGGACAUGUUACCAAAGAAAUUUGCUUUUGAUUAGAGGAUGUGUUCAAUGUAGCUGAAGUUCAUUAGGAAGCCUAACGAAAUGGAGGAAGAGAGAAAGGCCCUACCAAAUCCAAGGUAGAUUUCUGCAGAGUAUACGAUCCCUGUCAAACACCACAGCUAUUUUUACUAUCAGUUUUUUUUAUUUUUACUAUUAGUUUGGUACUAAUGCACUUUAGUGUAAUUAAAAUAAACAUUUUUAGCAAGUAGUAUAUAAGGGGAUCUAAGCAAAGCACGGCUAUUUCACCUUUUCUGGCAAAGUGCUUUCAAAUCCUGUGCUUCCAGUUCAGAAGUUUGCUUUGGCGUCCUUUACCCUUCUACGUGUUCAGGAAGACUUUCUGUUCUGUGAUAGAGCCCUGUGAUUGGCUCCUUAGAAAAAAACAGAAACAGUUCACACUCUUAUAUCUUUUUCGGCCAUGCUACCUUCAUUUCAGAGUGAAGGCAGAGUUCUUUCCAAGUUGAAUGUCUGUCUUGUAGUAACUACCAUUUUAUAACAAUAUCUCAUAUAAUAAAAGCAAAAACUUA